UUACCAGCUCCGGGUCCAACUCCCGAGAGACCUCGCCGCUGGGGAACUGAGCAAAAGGAGGAAUCCCUCUGCCCAGCCGCGCACACUUGAUCCGCCUCCCCAAUCAAAUCACCCCUCUCUCCCCCUCUCUCUCUCUGUCUGCCCCUCGCCGCGCCCCCCUCUCUCCUCCCCCGCCGAUCCCGCGCGGCUACCGGAGGCCCGGCUGCGGCGGCGACGAGGCGGCAGGCGAUGACAUCGACCCCGCAGCCUCCCCGCGAUCUCGCGCACGCCGCCCCGCCCGCGCAGGACCUCACCGGCCUCGGCCUCGGCCUCGCGGCCGCGAGGUCCCUCCGCCACCGCCCGCCUCGCCAAGGAUCGAUACCUUCAGGUUCUGUGGAGCACCAGACCAUUUCAGGCUCACUGAUCCACUCAAUGAUUCAGUUCUGCGGAGCACCGGAGUACUUCAUGUUCAAUGAUCCGCAGCCGGUGAUCCCACACCAUGCGGCCGCGGAACCCAGUCCCAAUGCUCCCGUGGCCACCCUCUCCAGGGCCACCAACACAGAGACCGACAACCCCGAAGACUGGGAGUUCAUCUCCGACGAGUCGCUCAACUACAUCAGCCGGAUGCUCAUGGAGGAGGACAUUGAUGAGAAGGUCAGCGUGUACCAGGAGGAGUCCGCCACGCUCCGUGCCACCGCAAAGCCCUUCUAUGACAUCCUUGGGCACAAGUUCCCGCCGUCCCCUGACCGCACGCUCACCACUUGGUCCCUGGACAGCCCCAGUGAGAGCAGCAGCAGCGGUCAUGCCCAGUCCUUGUCCAGUGUGGGUACUAGCGGCAGCAUCGGUGGUGCUGUUCAUAGCAACCAGUGCCAUAAUGUUGGACACUCUGAGCAGCUGGAAGCUUAUCGCGGCUUCUGUGGCCGAUCUUCUCAGCCACUGGUUGCCUCAUCAAGUGGUGUUUCUGAUGCAGCAGAGUCACUAGGAGAUCCUUUGAUCACCAACGGCAGGAUCCCCGAGUAUUUGUUCGAGAGCCUUCCAACUUGGGAUUUCAGGAGAGGUGUCGAGGAAGCACAGAAGUUUCUCCCUGGUGGUGAUAAGCUAGUGAUUGAUUUAGAAGCUGCUGGUGUCUCAAAGCCUCAAGAAGCAGUGAAAGGCAUUCCUUUCAAUGUCAGCAGGACAGAGGUCUUGAAGGCCAAGAAAAACAGACAGAGCGAAGAUCUUGACUUGAUAGAAGGACGAAACAUUAAACAAUCUGCAUUCUGUUCCGAUGAGCCUGAUGAUUGGGUUGAGAUGUUUGAUGAUUUGUUUCGUCAAACUGAAAAGAAGGCUACAGUUCUGCGAGAAAAGAUGCGCAGCGAAGCUUCCAAGAAUUCUCAGGUCAUUCAAACGAAAGGAACAACUGGGGUGAAGACACGGGGCAGGAAGCCGACAAAAAAUGAUGUGGUGGACCUUAGGACCAUCCUCAUCCACUGUGCACAGGCAGUGGCAGCUGAUGACCGCCGAACUGCUAAUGAGUUGCUGAAGCAAAUAAAACAGCAUUCUAAGGUAAAUGGGGAUGGCAGCCAGAGGCUGGCGUUUUGCUUUGCACAGGGUCUCGAGGCUCGCUUGGCUGGUACAGGGAGCCAGCAGUACCAUAGGCUUGUAGCAAAGCGGACAACCGCGUCCGACAUGCUUAAGGCGUACCAUCUUUACUUUGCAGCAUGCCCAUUCAAGAGGCUCUCACAUUUCCUCUCCAAUCAAACAAUCUUGAGCAUGACAAAAAAUGCAAAGAAGGUGCACAUAAUUGACUUUGGCAUUUAUUUUGGCCUCCAAUGGCCAUGCCUCAUCAGGCGUCUCUCCAAGAGGGAAGGUGGUCCACCAAUUCUUCGCAUCACGGGAAUUGAUGUACCCGAGCCUGGUUUCCGCCCUACCGAGCGCAUCGAAGAGACGGGACAGAGGCUCGCGGAGUAUGCCAAGAAGUUUGAGGUGCCUUUUGAGUACCAUGGCAUAGCAUCAAAGUGGGAAACCAUCCGUGCUGAGGAUCUCAAGGUUGGCAAAGACGAAGUGGUGAUUGUUAAUUGCCUGUACCGUUUCAGAAAUCUUAUUGACGAAACAGUGGCUGUAGACAGCCCUAGGAAUAGGGUGCUCAACACUAUAAGGCAAGUGAAUCCAGCAAUUUUCAUCCAUGGGAUUGUGAAUGGGUCAUACAGUGUUCCUUUCUUCAUCACACGUUUCCGUGAGGCAUUGUUCCAUUUCUCUGCAUUGUUUGACAUGCUUGAGGCAACUGUGCCGCGGGAUGAUGACCAGCGUAGGCUCAUAGAGAGGGAUCUCUUUGGCCGAGAGGCACUCAAUGUGAUUGCAUGUGAGGGCUCAGACAGAGUCGAGAGACCAGAGACAUAUAAACAGUGGCAAGUCAGGAACCUGAGGGCUGGAUUUGUUCAGUCUCCGUUAAACCAGGACAUUGUGAUAAAAGCCAAAGACAAAGUGAAAGAUAUAUAUCACAAAGAUUUUGUCAUAGACGAAGACAGUGGAUGGCUCCUCCAAGGGUGGAAAGGAAGGAUAAUUUAUGCUAUAACUACAUGGAAGCAUAAUAACAGUUAGGUUCUUCGUCUGCAUGUCUCUUACACCAUUGUUGAAGGCAGAGCUUGGCCAAGUCACCAGUAUUCCAAGGAAUUGGCUUGAAGAAUGACAGGACUCUUGUCACACUGCACCGGAUUAAUGUGGGUGCUUGUAUACGAAUUCAGUGUAGUUGCAUCUAUGACUAUGUAGCCACUAGGCAGUACUAAGAUAAGCUAGAGGAAAGGAGCAGUGGUUGAGCUCUCCCUUGGCCAUG